AUGGGGGACGACCACCACAGCGCCCUUGCGCCGGGCGACGAGGCGCGUUAUGACGAUUCGAGACCUUCAAAGAGGCAGCGUAACUUCAUUGCUCGACAAGCAUUCUCUGCAAAAGCCUGGGGAUCGAAUGCACCUAUGCAGAGCGCAAGCCUACUAAGUGCGUCAAAAGCCAUCUUUAUAGACCAGAAGCUGACCGGAGCCAAAAGAAAUGAGAUCUCAAUGAGCAUGAUCUUCAACACGCUGAGGCGGAUGGAGUCGAAGAUUGAUCACUUGUCCGUCCCAGCCACCGCGAAGUCUGUACAUGAGCUCGAGGCCAACCGAGGCGACCCCAGUCUACCACAUGCGGAAAGCCCUUAUCACAUGGAUUCAGUAAUGUCUCAUCCAUCUCUGUCCUCACCGCUGUCAAGUUCUAGACCUUUGCAUCGACAGUCGAGCACGGCAUCCGCAAUUCUGUCAUUUAGCGCCCGUCGAACCAUCCAUUGGCCAGGGGUGCAAGCUCUACUCCCAAGCGGUCUUACUUCCGAGGUUCGCGACCUGGAGAGAUGCUAUCCUACUCAUCUAGAAUCGGCGCGGCCAUCGCUUGAGCCUGUGAUCUCGGCCCAAGGUGCAAUGCCGACGCUUGACUGGCUUGCCCCCCUUAGUCUAUCGUCUGUGAAAGAUCUGUCGAAUGCGUAUUUCGACACCUUCAACCGGGUAUAUCCAUUUAUCGACCGCGACUUUUACUUCCUCAGUACCCUUGCCGUUGUAGUCCGAGAAGGGUUUGGCCACGACAUUGAAUCCUGCCUUGUCCUGAAUGUCAUGGCAUUGGGAUGCAUGGGAUUCAAAGCAUACGAAGAGGGUGGUUUUGAGAAUCCGAAUCAAGCUUCGAUAACUCCAAUUAUCCGACACAUCAUUGAAGAAGAAAUCGCCGGCCUAAGCUUUUUCAAUGAAGCUCGGAGACGAGUGGGCUUCUGCCUCUCCGAACGGGACAUCCAGGCUUGCCAGUAUUACUUGACAUCGGCCGUGUUCUUUGCGCAAGCCAUGCGGCCAGUUGAUAAAUGGUUGGAGGCCAGUCGGGCGGCAGUUAUAUGUACUGCGUACUGGAAGUGCCCACCCGAGCCCGUGGACGAGUGGCUUGCUGAUAUGCAUGCAAGACUAUUCUGGUGCUCGCUCAUGCUUGAGAGUCUUGUCGUCCAAGAGUUGGAGUUGCCGCCCAGCGGGCUGAAAGCGUGGGAAGAGGACGUACCUCUUCCAAAAUUCACCACGUAUCCUUAUGCCAGCGGUUCGCGGCCACAACAUUCGGAUGACUCGUUCUAUCACUACCAUUUCCUGGCACAGAUUGCCCACAGAAUCAUCCUCAAUAGGAUCAGGGAUGAGCUGUUCCUCAGCAACCCUUCAACCAAAGUUGCAGAAGAGCUCCGCCACCAGCUUGAGCAAUGGCGAGCCAACCUCCCUCAGGCGCUACGCUACGCCAGCGAUCGGGAACAGCAAACCUUUGACUGCCCGGCUGACGCUGUGGUUGUUGCUUUACUUCAAAUGCGCUACAGGGUGUCAAUUUUCCAUCUGGGGCGACCAUUCCUGUAUAAAGCCAUCCAAAAUCCCGCCUCGGUCAACGACACCGAGCUAAAGUUGUGUGCAGAAGCGCUGGAGUAUGCCAUGGAUUGGCACAUGACAUUGGAUGUCUGUGCAAGGAUGCACAACUUUGAGCCCUUGAAAUACUUUGCAUGCGGACAAUUCUUUGGGCAGCUACUCAUUUUCUAUGCCUUCAAACACUCACCUGACCGCCGGCUGAGAGACAGCCUUCCGCCCGGAUUCGAAGCCUGGUGCACCACGAUGCUAAGAUUCAUUUACGAUUUUGUUGAUUCGAGUCCGACUAUUGCCAAGGAUUUGGAAUUACUCUCCUCAUUGUAUCAUAUUCCUGAUGGAUGA